CUUUGUUUGUGUGGUUUCCUGUUGAAUAUCACGCUGCCUGGGAAUGAUCUAAUUGGAUUUAGUACUUUCUCGUGUUUGUUUCUGGGUAGGAUGUGAUGGCUGGCGUAAUAACCAAGAACAAAUGGAGUUUGAUGAAGUUGCAGUUUAUUUCUCGGAGGAGGAGUGGGGCUGUUUAACUGAAGAACAAAAAGAGCUUUAUAAGAAUGUGAUGAUGGAGAAUUACAAGACCCUCAGGUCUCUAGGAUAUGUUCAUGUGAAACCUUUACUUGUUACACAGAUUGAACAUAGAGAGGAGCUGUAUGUGUAUAGUUCUCCAAUUAACAAAGGUAAAUUCACAAACUGCAAAAAUCUUAGUCAUGAACAGUGUGCUGAUGCUACUUCCAAUCUUCUUCAAAAUCAAAGACCCCAUGUAAGAAAUGUAUGUUCUGAAUGUGGGAAAUGUUUUACCAAGAAAUCAUAUCUUAUAGACCAUCUGAAAAUUCAUACAGGAGAGAGAGUUUUUUUAUGCUCUGAUUGUGGGAAAUGUUUUACUUGGAAAUCAGCUCUUUUUAGACAUAAGAAAAUUCAUAAAGGAGAGGAAGCAUUUUUAUGUUCUGAAUGUGGGAAAUGUUUUACACGGAAAUCAAAUCUUAUUAGGCAUCGGAAAACUCAUACGGGAGAGAAAGCAUUUUCAUGUUCUGAAUGUGUCAAAUGUUUUGCUUCCAAAUCAAAUCUGAUUGAUCAUCAGAAAAUUCAUACAAGAGAGAAAUCAUUUUUAUGUUCUGUCUGUGGGAAAUGUUUUACUCUGCAAUCAAAUCUUAUUAUGCAUCAGAAAAUUCAUACAGGAGAGAGAAGAUUUUUAUGUUCUUACUGUACAAAAUCUUUUACUCAGAAAUCACAUCUUAUUACUCACCAGAAUAUUCAUAUUAAAGAAAAUAAGGGAAAUCGAAGCUUAAAGUGA